CUUGGACUAUGGAUGUGACUUUAUGACGUUUAAAUCCCUAAAGCUACGUGUUUUAUGUGCUUUUCAUUGUGGAGUCAUCCACUCCCUUAAUCAUCAGAAACCAUUCCGCCCCCAUUGAUUGGCUGUGUAUGUGGCUCCCUGUGGUUGGUGGCACCUGUUGUUUAUUUAAGAACAAGAGGGCAGUGGGUUGCAUCAAAGGAUGUUCUGUUCUUGUCCUCCACCCCCAAAGAAGGGAGCGCUACGUGCCUGACGUGAUGUCACAAGUCUGGAGCCAGUACUGCAAUCUGCAGCAGACAUGCCCGCAGCAGGGUGCAAACAAAUAUCUAUCUGCAGGAACUACAAGCAGGCAUGGCAUGCACGGGGUCACGAAGAAUGGUGCCUCUAGAGAAACCUGCUGAUACUUGUUUGUUUGACUCUUGCUGGUGAUCUUAGCGUGGCUGACACUAGCACUUCCCUCCUCUUGUCAGUGCAGCUUCUUGCUGGAACCUUGUGUCUCCUUAAGAGGCUGCGUGUGUGUUUCUCGGGAGCAGCCAUUGGCUGCGUGUCCUCUGAUUGUCAGUCUCAGCAGCGGGACUGUUGUUGGGGGAAGUUUCAAGUUACCAGGAUGGCAAGCCAAGCCCACAGAGGAGGAGGAGGUAGACAGACACAGACAGACAGAACUGUUGCAGCUACCACUGCUGAUUGGCUAGAGGCUUCAGCUGCUUCUCCGGAACAAAAGGUCAAAGAGUACUGCAGCAGCGUAUUGUAGCGAGAAGCAACCGAUCACGCAGCCUUACUGUUACUUGGAGAAGUUUGGCGAUUGUCCUUGAGCGCUAGCUUGCUGUGUUCUCCGUUGAGUUUUCCCUGGGUAGCCUAUUGCAAUUCAUCCUGCGUCCCUCUCUGACUAGAAGAUAGGAAUGCACGCUUGGUAGUGUGAGAAGACCUACACUGCAGAGAAAAACCCUGUUGUGGAAGAAACAGUUGUUUGUUACGAAUAGACACGUUUGUUUCACGAAUGGCUUGUGAAAUCAUGCCUCUGCAAAGUUCCCAAGAAGAUGAGCGGCCUAUGUCACCCUUCUAUUUAAGUGCCCAUGUAUCCCAAGUCAGCAGUAAUAUUCCUGCUACUGGAGACUAUUUAGAGAAGACGAUCCGCUCAGCCGUGGAACAGCAUAUCUUCGAUACUCAUGGCUCGGGUGGGCAGAGUUCAGAAGACUCUGAGUCAGGAACGUCGUCUGCCUCUUCUAAUGUGUCCUCCAAGCAGAGGAGGAGGCAUCACAAAGAGCAGGAUGAAGCUCAACGAAACAGAGACGUAGAGGUAAUUAACAAAGAAAACAUUCCUUCUGGAUUUGGAAACCGUGAAGAUUGUAUCCUGACUCCUCAGGAAGUAGAAAAAUUACAAGAAAACUACUCUGGGUAUAUUGGAGAAAGGAAUAAACCAAAACGGCAAAAAUCCAGCACCAAACUUUCUGAGCUUAACGACAACCAGGAUAGCCCUGUGAACAUGGAAAGCUUUAGCUCCACAAGGCCGAUAGCCACAACAGGACCUGAUGACAUGGAGGUUUUGUCUGAUGAAAGCAAAGAAAAUGAAAAUGACGAUGUGUUUUUCAGACACUCACAGCAGAUUUCGAGCAUGAAGAUUCAGGAGCACCCGAGCAUUCCUGAAACUAAAUUUCAGAGGAACCAAGAUGCUGAUGGUCAGGAAGAUAGCUUCGUCUCAGAAGUGCCUCGGCUGGACUUGACAGCAUUGUGCGAUGACAACAACUGGGAAGAGCCCGUCCCAGCUUUCUCAUCCUGGCAACGAGAUGGCCUAGACUCCGAUGAAGCUCACUUGUCCCCACAGGCUGGAUGUCUAAUUCGCCAGCUUCUGGACGAGGACAGUGAUCCAAUGCUGUCCCCUCGUUUCUAUGCCUAUGGGCAAAGCCAGCAGUAUCUGGAUGAUACAGAAGUGCCUCCUUCCCCUCCUAACUCUCAUUCAUUCAUGAGGAGGCGGAGUUCUUCUUUAGGAUCUUACGAAGAUGACCGAGAGAAUCUGACGCCUGCACAGCUGACCCGAAGGAUUCAGGGGCUUAAGAAAAAGAUAAGGAAGUUUGAGGACAAAUUUGAGGAGGAGAGGAAAUACAGACCUUCCCACAGUGACAAAGCAGCCAACCCAGAGGUGCUGAAAUGGACAAAUGAACUGGCAAAAUUCCGGAAGCAGCUUAAAGAGUCAAAACUAAAGAUAUCAGAAGAAGAUCUGGUUCCUGUGAUGCGCCAGCGGAGCAACACGCUCCCAAAGAGCUUUGGGUCUCAACUUGAGAAGGAAGAUGACAAGAAGCAGGAUCUGUCUGAUAAAGCUGCAAAACCCGCAGUUGAGGUGACCUUAGACUCCAUCCAGAAGAAGCUGCAAGAAAAACGAACAGAGACAAACCGGCCUGGGGACAUUAAGGACAUGACUAGAGAUCAGAUAGCAGCUGAGAAAGUAGCUCUUCAGAAAGCACUCUUGUAUUAUGAAAGCAUUCAUGGAAGACCGGUAACAAAAAAUGAGCGCCAGGUGAUGAAACCCUUGUAUGAUCGAUAUCGUUUGGUCAAACAGAUCCUCUCCAGGGCCAAUGCCAUCCCUGUUGUUGGUUCCCCCUCCAGCAAGCGGAGAAGCCCUUUGCUGCAGCCAAUUAUCGAGGGCGAAACUGCUUCCUUCUUCAAGGAGAUAAAGGAAGAAGAGGAGGGUUCUGAUGAGGACAGCAGUGUGAAACCAGACUUCACAGUUACCGUGAAGCCAGAUUUCAGUGUGCGGAGUUUCUUGGAUCAACUAGAAGAUGAGGCUGAUGGCUUCAUUUCUCCCGUGGAUGAUAAGAUGCCUUCAAAGAGUAGCCAGGACAUGGGGCUUUCUAACCUUCAUGCUGCUUCUAUGCCAGAACUCUUAGAACAGCUCCAGGAAGUCAGGGAAGAGAAAAAACAGAUCAGAAAAAAAUUGAGAGAGUUUGAAGACAAUUUUUUCCGACAAAAUGGAAGAAACGUCCAGAAAGAAGAUCGCACUCCCAUGGCUGAGGAAUACAAUGAAUACAAGCAGAUUAAGGCAAAGCUGAGGCUGCUGGAAGUCCUGAUCAGUAAAAGAGAUAUUAGUUCCAAGAUUAUGUAAUGGAGGUGAUUGACUUCACAGAGAGGCUAAGAAGAGACCGAGACAACCAAAUGAAUGCAUGAAGAAUGCAGCACGAGCCCUACAAUGAGGGGCUUAGCAGCUCCCCGAGAACUGAAAGUCCAAUUUUAGAGGUGGGAGGGUGCGGAAGGUUAGUUUAUAUCACUCUCUGCCCUUGGCGUUGUCCAUUGACCACCAGGCCAGUCACCUAGACUGGAGUUGCCAGCAAGAGAGAAGUAGUGCGAGGCUCAGAGGCUGCCCUGAAGGUGCCCUUUGAUUUGCUUGCCAAUCCCGCCAUGUUUAGAGGAGCAGAGUCGGAUUGUCUUUUCCCAGAGAAUAUAGUGAGAGGCUGGCUUGUAUGAAUAGCCGUGAAGAACAUUCCCCCUCAUUCUCAACGGAGUGCCUUGUCCUGCAAAGCAUGUCGGGAAGCACCGAGGCUGUUCUCUCCAUGCGACAGCGAGCUCAGGCUCUCGGAUUACCUGUGGGUUUGGUGGUUUGGAAUUGGUCUUUUCAGUUACCACAUGGUGUGUUAGAGGCUGGCUGUUAAUCAGAGCCCUGCCCGCUAUGUUGGCCUUCAGUGGGACUCUUCCCCGUGUUUGAUUUUCUUACCAAGGUGUUUUCUAGCUGUCACUUUGCUUGGGUAGAUGGUAGUUGCCUCUGACCAGACACACACUAUUAAAGGAAGUUCAGCAUUACAGUUAGGUGCAUCUUAGCUGGUACUUUGAAUUGUGACACUAGUACUGUGAUUGGGCAUUUGGAUCAGAUUAGAAGUGCUGAUGGCAGCACUCUCAACUUUAUUAGGUUUUAGUAGCUGAGAUGUUCAGGUUUCUAAUAAACAGAUUGAAUAUCUGCCCAUGUCAACAUAGACAUACUCCUGAUCUUUCAAGGUCUAAUAUUGACAUGAAAUAAUGAGCUGGACAGUCCAUAUUGCAUGGCCCAUAAGCUUUGUUCUUUUGUGCACUGAAAUGGUAAAACCAAAUUAGGGAUGUUAAACUGCAUGUAAUCAGCUAAUCGAGUAGUUGAUAGAAUUUCCAUGGACUACUCAAUUGGUUGAUAAGGGGGGAAACUGCAGAGCCACAGCAGGGUUAGCGCCUGGCCCGAGGAGCUAACCCUACUGCAGCUCUGCCUUUUAAAUGUAUUAAGAGCUGCCAGGCUCUUAAUACAUUUAAAAAGCAGGGGGGCUGGAGGCGUGAGAGCUGGGCGCGAACUGGAACAGCUGAUUCCCGGCUCACUCCUGGUCCCUCUCCAGCUGCACCUUUGCUUUUUAAAUGCAUUAAGACCCUGACAGCUUUUAAUACAUGUUAAAAAGCAGAGGUGCAGCGUCUGGGACUGGGCAUGAACCUAGAAUCAGCCGAUUCCCAGCUUGCGCCCAGUCCCCUGCAUCCCCUCCCCUCCCCGACAGCUGGGUUCCCCCCAGCACUUUUAAGCCAGCUCCCACCAGCUCCUGCUCCCCGCCCUUGCUGCCCCUCUCUCAUAGAGGCAGCAUGGGGAAGGGUCGGGGGGAAGACUAGUCAAGCAUAAGGUAGUUGAGCAGUGACUGAUCAGCUAGUCACUUACGUCCCUAGACCAAAUGGACUGCAGCACCAAGUGUGAAUUGUAGUGAUGGGGAUAUAGAACACAGUGAACUCGUGGUCUUUUCUUCCUGAUCAUAGCUGUACAUAUUAAUAUAUUGGAGUAGAGAGGAUGCUUCAGGAAAUCAAAAACUUUGAGACAGAUUCUGCCCUUGGAAGUGUGUGAGUCUCAGUCCAGAAGUGGAACGUGUAACACUCAAAUCAACGUGAACAAUGUUCAGAAAGGAAAACGUGAAUGAAUUAUAGACAGGGAUGCUUAUAUUAGACAUUUGCUAUUCUGAGGGGAAAUGAGCUCAAAAACGGGCAAAGUUCUUAUUUCUGUUGUGCUGAGCCAUUGGGCUCCUUUAUUCCUUGGAUCACCCUCAAGCCUGAAUGUGCAGCUUCACACAGCCCAGGGAGAGGCCCUUAGUUGGAACUAGUGCAGACUCCUUGGGUGGAUUCAUCCCUGCUGCGUACUAGUGGAGCCAACCAGUGUACUUCCUCCGGCACGCUGAUCCCAUUGGAGCCAGUGGAUAUUGAGUGCAGGGAUUGCACUUGACCAUGUGUGGGUCAGAAGGCCUGGGAAGCCUGCCUGUACAGAGAGCUCAGUGUGGAGCCAGCCCCAUGCCUACACACAAGGACAGUCUGGCUCCAAGAUACUUGACAGUUCAUAUUCCUCAAGCACAUUUUCCCCGCAUUGCUGUAGUUUUCCGUCCAAUGGUUUCAUGUCCAUGUGCAGAAUGACUUGUGUUUUAUGCGCCAAUAUGGAGGUGAUGUAUCACAUGGCAAACGUCUUUCUGCAGAUGGACAGUGUGUGGCAGGGGAAGGGCUGAGGGGUUAUGUUGUGGGAGGGGGCUCAGGCCUGGGGGUUUGGGGUGCAGAGUGAGGGCUCUGGGGUGAGGCUGAGGGAGAAGGGAUUUGGGUACAGGCUUUCCUGGGGGAGAGAGGACUCCCUCGCCCAGCCUUCUCCCCACUGCAGCUUGGGACAAUGUGAGAGGCCUCUCCACAGGUGUUGUAGCUCCAGGCAUGGCCAGGCUGGAUGGGGGCCAACAAAGGGGCACCAGUCCCCAACCUCAGCAGCUCUGGGGCAGCUUCCUGUUAAGCCCUGGGAGAGAGGCACCUCAGCCUGUGAGCCCCAGUGCGGAGCUGCAGCAGCCAAGGGAGAGAUAAAACCGGUUAAGUGCUGUCUUUUUUCUUUUGCUAGUCAUCAGAUUCAUUGCACUUAGGGAGAUUUUCCAGGUUGUUCUUCAUCAAUCACAUAAUUAUCUUCUCCACCCAGAGCAAUAACGACGUAGGAGAGAUAGAAGCCUGUUGUUUGCAAAGGUGGCCUUUAGUUUUUGGGUGCUCAGCCGUGGGCCUGAGUUUUCAGGCUUCCAUUGUUCUGGGAGUUUUAGGCACUCAGCAUCUCUGAGAACCAGGCCCCAGAUGUGUCUCUAUGUAGGCACACAAAUGUAGAGGCUACUUUUGAAAAUGGGGGACCAACUGGCUGACCACAGGAUGUCUAAGGGCUCCAGCAAAUGACAGUGGUGCCAUUGUGCUUCACACCAGCCAUCUGCUAGUUGAGAGGGCACGUGGGACGGUUGGGUGUGUCGGGCAUAACUCUUUAACAUGGCAGUAGUGUUUAGUAGCAGAAAUGAUAGGGCUAAAAAUGGCUGCUGGAUUCCUGAAAAAUCAGUUCUGCUGGUUGCCUUUGUACUGGAGGCUUCAGUUAAGUGAAGUGCUGAAAUUUUAGUCCUGCAUCUAAUCCUGUUGAAAUAAGUACAUGCUUGGGAUUCAAGCUUGUGGCUAUUGUUUCUGUGAGUAGAGAUGGACUUAAGCACAAACAUUUUGCUGAAUCAGGGCCUUAUUUCCUUAAUACCUAAAUUACUGUGCUCUUGAUUAGUCACCAGUGUCCAGAAGCCUUUAUGCAAAACUCCUGAAAUCACAAAGAAUACAUUUUGUUGUUUAAAAGCCUACUUUAAUUGUGUACUGAUAAUGAACUGUUUUGUUGCCUCUGACAAUUCUUGACCAAUAGCAAAGGAUUUUGUUUUUAAAUUGCUAAGACUAAGGUUUUCUGACUGCCUCGCUACUGCUGUUUACACAUGGCAUUGGUAUGAUUUCAAUUGCCUUUAUAUAAAUUGUAAGUAUGAUGGUGCACUUUAUAGAGAUUAUAUUUUUAAAGUUUGAAAGUUAAUAAAACCUCUAUAGUCAAAAUAGUACUCUAAAUAGCCUUGUCUAGGUCUCUGUUGUUAAAAAUAGGGUUCCCAUAUUUGAACCUUCAAAAAAGAGGACACACGCCGGUCAGCAACACCUCUAACCCCUUCUGCGGCCUGUUGCAUGGGUGCCCUGUAAGCCUGAGUUUUAGGAAUCAGAGGUCAGGAGCAAACCCAGCUCACAGGCCAGGGACUCGGGUCACAGUGUGCAAUGCAUUGUGGGUAUGCCAAUUAGCACCCUGGGGAAUGCCUGAGCAUGUGGAAGAGCCGGGAUCUCCCGGCUGCAGCCCCUAGAAUGCAGCUCGGGGGCUCGGCUGGGUUCUGUGCUUCCCUCGGGCGGGGCAGGCGGGCUGCUCCGAGGUUCUAUAUAAACAGAUCUAAAUUUGUUUGGAAAAGAAUGAGCAGGGCAAAACCCGGAUAUUUUUAGAUAUUUAAAAAACCCUGCCAGACGGAGAUUUAAGGACCAAAAAGGAGGACAUGUCCGGGGAAAAAAAUGAAUGUAUGGCAACCCUAUUAAAAAGCUGUUCGUUAAACAAAACCACAAAAUGAAUAUCCCCUGUUCCAGCUUAAUUCCAUGAAGUCUCUGUACCCCUGCAAACUGAUUGAAAAGAAUUUUAAUAAAAUGUACUGCGAUUCAGAAAUUAUCCAGGUACUGAUAAACCCCUGCUAUCUUUCCCCCCCCCCCCC